UAUUGGAGCUUCGAUAAUCAUUGAUAGUAGGCUAUGUUUGCUGUAAUAUUGUUGCUAUAGUUAAAGAUGAUAGUCAGCCAGGUCAGAUAAAUCUAAGUUUAAGUUGUGGUCUCUUCUUCAAUUUAAACUAUUAGUAACUGUCAGACAUAUUGGAAGAAGGGGCAACUCGACUAAUAUUUUGAACAACAGGGGGCGCAUGUGUACGGGAGACUGAAGAGCAGUCUGCCGAACAUUAACCUGCUCAGGAACAGCUUUCUUUAGAAUGUUAAACGCACUUGCUCUCGCUUUGCGCGUAAGCUAUGCACGUUUCCUGCUUGAGCUUAAUUCGUUGACAGCCUAUGUGUAGAAGACUUUUAACCAACAAAACUCUGACAAAUGCGCGUCAUGUUGCUUUGAACGGACCAACCAUUGAUGGUGGAUGGGGUCACUUACUGAGUGAGGGACUGGAUGAUGCUUCUCCCUUGACUAACGUUUUUUUUUUUUGCGGAGACGAGAUGAGAAACUCGCUUACAGAACAGAGACAUGAGCACUUGAGUUAUCGUUAUCUACAGCCCUCUCAAAUGGCGCAGCCAUGUAUUGUAUCUUUGUGUGAUAAAGCUCACAGAGAAAUUAGUAGCCUGCAUUUACUGCGUAUUUACGCGCCUUCGGAGUAGUUAACAGGUGUUAGCGCAGGACAUAGCCAAGUGCCAAUAGGCUGCGUUACUGGGUGGUCAAGCUGAGUUUGGACAUGUUAAGCGACUUCAGCACCAUGGACGUUGUCGUCUGUCCCAGAUCUGACUUUAAACGUCUAGCGACUGACCUGGGCAACUCUGGAGGCACUGAGGCACUACGGACAUCCCCGACAAGUGAUGCGGGAUGCAGCUUGGUAGAGACUGUGUUGAGCGGUGGUGCGCCCUGGGGAUUUACACUGAGGGGAGGCUUGGAGCACAGAGAGCCGCUACUCAUAACGAAGGUCGAGGUGGGAAGCAACGCUGCUGUUGCUGGUCUCCAGGUGGGAGAUGAGAUGGUGACCAUCAACACCAGACCCCUGAGUGGCUUUAGACUGGAGGCCAUCUGCCUGGUCAAGAGCUCCUACAAGACUCUCACCCUCACUCUCAGAAGGAAGAUGAAAAUGGUCGAUAUCGUAACUCAAACAAUGCCUGCCGAGAACGAGGUUCACGUGGCCCGGAACUUUCUUACGAAGAUUCUGAGAAGUUCCAUGAGGAAGAACCGCUUCAAAGGGAGGAAUGAGCCCACAAGCAGACCACACUCCUGGCAUUCGUCCAAACUGGCAGAGAACCAGAACGAGACCCAGAAGAUCCCACAGAACUCCGAACCAGAACCAGUAUGGCAGUCAAAAUACAGCAUAAGCUCUUCCUCGAGUGACCUGUCUAAAUGUUGGGACCCCACGAGUGACCUGUCUAAAUGUUGGGACCCCACAAAGCAGCAGCCAGCACCAAGCCAGCCCACCACAGUACAGGACAUGGAAGCUGUAGCUCCCUCCCCACAGACCACCUCCUUGGUAUCGGCACCUCAAUCCAAACCCCACAGCACCGUCGACCUCUCCACGGGAGGGGCGAACCGCAAGCGAGACUCCCCACAUGCAAUCCUUGCCACCAGCUCCAACAACCUGGAUCACAGCUUGUCCAAGAGCCAGGCUGCGUCCCUCGAGUGCAUGUUCUACCGUGGGACCCAGAGUGAGGCCUGUGGCCAGCCAGAGCGUCCGCGGUACCUGCAGCUCCCCAUGGGCAACGGAGGCAGGAUCAGCCCCUGGCAGGAGGACCAGGUGGGCACCAGGUACUCCUCAUCAUCCUCCACCUGCGCUGGUGGAGGGAGGUCGAACAUUAGCCCAGUGUGGAAUGUUCCGGAAACUAAGAAGCCCACGGCUCCUUCUCCGCCGCCACCUCCUCCUCCACUGCGUAGCGACAGCUUUGCCGCCACCAAAGUCCAUGAGAAGGGUUUGUCUGGGCCUUACCCAGAUUGUCCGGCCACUUACCCUCCGCAGAAGGCUCAGGGCAGGUCCGCGGAUCGGCUGUUCAAAGCCACGGAGAACCUGCAGAAGAGCCUCCAGUCCGGCGAGAGACUCACAGACACGCGCCACAGCUUCAUGGCGCCGCAGAAGAGCGACGCGCAGCAUUCGUACCUCACUGCGGAGGACUACGACGCAAACCAGCUCAACCACAACAACAAACUGAGCUCCCUGUCCAGCUCUGACGUGAGGCAGGGCCUGGUCGCCUCUGCUGCCUCGGGGCCUGGCCACCAGCGCCAGCACAGCGAUGAGAGUCACUUCUACCUGCACCCCAAAAACACCUCAGUGGCCGCACCCAAGGGCCAGAGCGUGGGGGGGUACUACCGCAGCCUGCAGGAGCUCCCUACUAACAUAUGCGGCCAGGGACACGCUAGAACCUCCACCACCUCGCUGUCCAGCAACGCCCUGGACGAGAACACGGACCGAGGAGGGCAUGUGAGGCUCUACUGCUACACGUCACAGCAGCCUGUGCUGACGACAGCAGCUCUGCAAGGAGGCCUUCAGGCCAAGCUGGAGGCCUGGAGAGAUGAGUCCGAAAAUACGCAAGCAGGGAGUGAAAGGAGUGCAGUCGGGUCUCAGAGGGGGGUCAAGAACAAGUAUCCUGCAGCCCAGCAGACUCAUAACGGGUACGGCAAACAGACGAGCAGUCACACCGUCACAUCGGAGAGUCAGUCCGCGGGGCUAAACGUAUGGAUGGCUCGUUCAAACUCAGACGAGAGGGAGAGGAAGAGCAGUGGAAACGCUGCGGAUGCUCACCACACCAGGUAUCCUCACGGCCAGCAGCACAGUGAUCUACGAGGCGCGGCAGGCUCACAGUCGCACAGGAAGUCUCAGCCGGACCCGUGGGUGUCGCAGGAGAACCGUAAGAUUUGCUCUCAGCACACCCCUCUGCUCCACUCCCUGUCUCAGGAGAACAAGCUCCUGGCUGAGAAGCGGGCACAGCCCUCGACCGCCAUCACUGGUUCUACUGCCCCUCAGGAUGCCCCUGAGUUGGCAGGGGGCAAGCAGGGUCGACGGAGCGACCGCUACGCCACCACGCUGCGCAACGAGAUCAUCAACAAGAGGGCACAGCUGCAGAAGAGCCGCAGCGCCGCCGCCCUGUCCUGCCCCGGAGAAGCCGACGAGGAGCCGGAGCCCGAGGCCUGGAAGUCCACCGAGACCUCCACGUCCUCCUCGGACGGCUCCUUCUCCAACACCUACAAGGACCACCUCAAAGAAGCUCAGGCCAGGGUGCUGCAGGCGACCUCGUUCAAACGGAAAGAUCUGGAACUUCCCGGGAGUGAGACGCUGCCAGGAUGCCCGAUCUCUGCCAUGUUGGCACGCAGAGAUCUGAGCAUUGGUGAGAUUCUGUCGGGGAAGGCUGACACUGCGGUUGCUGCCACCCAGGUGUUGCGUAUCGGCUGCCGAAAACGCUUCCCCACGAGCAAACGAGUCCACUCGUUCUCCGAGCCGGACAAAAUCAACGAGGUCGGCGUUGAGGGCAAACAGCUGAACUUGGCGUCUGUCGGGUCUUUCAUUGACCGGCGCAUGUUCUUCGAGGGAGUCACUAAACCAGCUUUUUCCAAACCGGCACUGAAGCAGGGGCCCCAGAGCUCACUGGAGGAGCAAGUCGGAGGCAAGGCCAAAGGGUUGUCCCCGCCAGACGAUCACCACCACGGAGGCCACGUCAGAGAGAACCAGUCCAAACAUCACUCAGGGAAAGAGCAUGGUCGGCCGAAACAGGACCUCCUUCUGCAGCAGCAGCAGCAGCAGCGUUUGGGCACGUUCGCCGAGUACGAGGCCACCUGGAACAUGCAGAGGAAGCAGUCGGAGGCUAAGAGCCCGGGGAGGUACCGCUCCGCUGAGAACAUCCUGGAGCCAUCAGCGGAGGACAGGAACCAAUCCGUGUGCAUCCACGAGAGGUCCAGGUCAUCGCCCUCCGCAGACCUCCAUGAACAGGUACAGGAAUCUCAGGCAUCUAGGUUUGGCAUUGACGCUAUCAGACAGGGUGACCUCUGUUUCCGCAUUCCUCCUCAGAAAAUCCCACUUCCUGGCAAGACGUCCCAUCCAGAUCGUCACGUGGAGGCUCACACCAUGGGCGUGUUGGCCGAGAGAGGUCCGACUGAGAGCAGAGUACGGGAGCGUCCAGCCCAGCUUGACCACCUCCCCCCGCAGCCCCCAGAGGCCGCUGCGCCCCGGACUGAUCCAGGGAAGAAACACUCCCCGGCUGCCCACCCCCCAACUCACGGCACCACCAGCCCACGCCAGAGCCCCCGCCGUACCCCGACCACCUGCGCCACGUGGGGGUCACCGCAGCACCCGAUGAGCCGCCCCUCCCCCCAAAGAGGGCCGCAGUGUUACCCCACAGGCUCUCCCCACCCAGACUGGACACUCCCGGGGGGGUUGGGGACACCGCAUCCUCUCUGAGAGAGCCUAGAGCGCCACGGUGGGCCACUCCAGGGGGGUCACUCCGUGAGGGGCAGGUCUCCGGGCAUCGGGUUGGCACUGCCCACAGUGCCCACCCUGGGCCCCGAUACACCCCUGAGGGUCUCCCCAUGCCCAGACAGAGAGCCUCAGGCGGGCAGCAGACUGGAGGAGGAGUGGAGGACCCUGCACCUGACCGCCCUGGCUGCCCUGGAGCCGUCUCGUCCUCAUCCUCCCUCCCUCUCUCCCUCCGCCCUCAAGGGUGCUGCCCUGAUAGUGCCCACCAAUGCCACACGCUCACCCUCGCCUCAGUGUGCCCCUCCGAGACUGACCGAUAAGCCCCCGGCACCCCCUCAGGAUGACGUGUCCAGUAAUGAGAUGAGUGACGUCUCGGAGUUGAGUCACGCCAUAAAGAAGGUCCCCGUCAGGAUCGUCCACGCCGAGACCAGUCUGGAGAGGAAGGGCCGACAGUAUCUGCUCAACAACGGAGCUCCGGGGGGGCCAACGACCCCCCCUCAACACACCUUCCCCUCCCAGGAGCAGGCCUACUCCCUCUUCUGUGCCUACUCACGGCAGGAACAGGAGGCCCUCCGAGACGCUUGUCCCCCUCAGAGUCUCCCUGCGGCCCCAGCAGGGGUCACCCAGAACGGGCAGGCCUGGAGAGCCAGCGUGCCCGUGGUGCCCGCCGUGGGAGAUCGUGUGCCCGCCGUGGGAGAUCGUGUGCCCGCCGUGGGAGAUGGCGUGCCCGCCGUGGGAGAUCGCGUGCCCGCCGUGGGAGAUCGCGUGCCCGCCGUGGGAGAUCGCUCGGACUGGAGCGCCAGCAUGCCCGCCGUGGGAGAUCGUGUGCCCGCCGUGGGAGAUUGCGUGCCCGCCGUGGGAGAUUGCGUGCCCGCCGUGGGAGAUCGCUCGGAGGAGGACGUGAAGCGAGAGGAGCUGGCCAGGGACAUCAUGGGGAAGGACAAGUCCCUGGCGGACAUCCUGGACCAGAGCAGGAUGAGGACCACCAUGGACCUGAUGGGGGGCAUCUUCCCCCAGGGGGAGCAGGUGCUGGAGGGGGCGCAGCAGCAGCGGAGGAGGGCCACCCCCAAACAGACGUCCCCCCGCACCACAGAGGAGAGGAGGGUGGAGGAUGACCUGACGGCGUCCGUCUCCGUGGUGAGCAGCUCGUCCUACUACAGCACGUCUGCACCCAAGGCGGAGCUCCUGAUUAAGAUGAAGGGCAUGCAGGAGCAGAUGGAGGAGCAGGACUCCGAGGACGAGCUCGACUACGACCUCUCCAGCAAGAAGCAGGAGCUGAUCACCAGCCUGAGCGACAAGCUGCAGGUGCUCCACGAGGCCCGUGAGAGCCUGCAGGAGGACGUGCGGGACAACAACGCGCUGGGCGAGGAGGUGGAGGCCAGGGUGCAGGCCGUCUGCAAGCCCAACCAGCUGGACAAGUUCAGGAUGUUCAUCGGAGACCUGGACAAGGUGGUCAGCCUGCUGCUGUCACUCUCAGGGAGGCUGGCGCGCGUGGAGAACGCCCUCAACAACCUGGAGGAGGGGGCUUCAACGGAGGAGAAGCACGCCCUCACGGAGAAGCGCAGGCUUCUGAUUCGCCAGCACGAGGACGCCAAGGAGCUGAAGGAGAACCUGGACCGGCGUGAGCGACUGGUGUACGACAUCCUGGCCAGCUACCUGAGCGCGGAGCGCCUGGCGGACUACAAGCACUUUGUGAAGAUGAAGUCGGCCCUCAUCAUCGAGCAGCGCAAGCUGGAGGACAAGAUCAAACUAGGAGAGGAACAGCUCAAGUGUCUGAAAGACAGCCUGCCUCUGGAGCAGAGACUCACGCUCUGAGAGACAGCCCACCUCUGGAGCAGAGACUCACGCUCUGAGAGACAGCCCACCUCUGGAGCAGAGACUCACGCUCUGAGAGACAGCCCACCUCUGGAGCAGACACUCACGCUCUGAGAGACAGCCCACCUCUGGAGCAGAGACUCACGCUCUGAGAGACAGCCCACCUCUAGAGCAGAGACUCACGCUCUGAGAGACAGCCCACAACUCAGGCUCUGAGAGACAACCCACCACUCACGCUCUGAGAGACAGCCCACUUGGAGCAGAGACUCACGCUCUGAGAGACAUCCCACUUGGAGCAGAGACUCACGCUCUGAGAGACAGCCCACCUCUGGAGCAGAGACUCACGCUCUGAGAGACAUCCCACUUGGAGCAGAGACUCACGCUCUGAGAGACAGCCCACUUGGAGCAGAGACUCACGCUCUGAGAGACAGCCCACUUGGAGCAGAGACUCACGCUCUAAAAGAGACAGCCCACCACUCACGCUCUGAGAGAGUUCAAAAGAAAGCGAGGGACCAUGGAGUGAGAGAGUGAAGGAGAGAGAGAGAGAGAGAGAGAAAGAUAGUUGUAGCUGACUAGAGGGAGAGCCGACAACACAUCUGGAACCCGUGACAUAGAAAGAGGAAAUAGGAGAGAACUAAAAGAGACACUGACUACAGAUCUUCUUAGAACUGGAACCUGUGACAAGGCAUGAGAACAAAACAGAUAUGACUGUUAGUUUGUUUGUAGGUUAGUAUUUAUUUCAAGACUGCUGCUCAUACAAACCUUGCUUUAUCCAGAGGGAGAUGGUUUCAGAGACAGAUGCUGAGAGAACAAGGGAUGAACUCUGUCAAUAAAACUAUGAAGCAAGUCAUGAUAACAAACAAGCCGCUUUUAAUGUAGGUUAUGCAGACUGGGCUGGUAAAAAAAUGUCUAUUAUAAUUUGACUGUCCUAAAGCUGUAUUUCUGAUUUCUCUUCUGGAAUGAACAUUUUAUCUUUAUUUUAUUCAAGGUUGCAUUUUUGAUGACCUUCAACGUUGCUCUUUCUGAGAUGGUGUAUUUUGAAGAGUUGUAUAUAUAAUUUAUUUGAAGAUUUAUUUUAGGUUUUAAAUGGAAUGGAAUAUUUACCAUUUUUGCAACAUUGCUUGUUGAUUGUAACAACUCACAUAAAGAUGAUUAUAUUUCAGCUAAGUGUAUUGUGUUUAUGAACUGUAUGUAACUGCUACCAAAAUAUACAUAGAUACUAUGGUGCUGUUGUAGAGAACAGCAAUAGGCAUUACUUGUGUCUGUAACUUUCAUAGACUUGCUACCAUGUUCCAGUACAUUUAUAUAUUUCCCCAAUACACAUUCUGAUGUAAUGAAAAUGAAGAAAUUGAAUUAUGCAAACUAAAUGAGAUGUGUUAGCACUUUAUAGUGAAGGUCUCAUGCUGAAGGAUAAACACCAGUGGGCUGGAACAUUAAACCGUGCCUGGGUUUGUACCCACCGUGCCCUGUUAUUGUGA